AUUUUCUGGACAGAGUUCGAACCAGUUUUUUCACGAUUGGAAGACCUAGCUUUUACCUGAAAUAGUAUAGUAAGCAUGAUCACCCAAUGACAUUUACUUUCUGGGCCUUUUGCUCGCAUUGAGAAGUAAAUACAUCUAAAUUGUAAGAAGUUAAAUUUGUUCAAUUACUUGAUUACUGGUGAUUACACUUCCCUUCCACCUACAGGUACUAUUCUAUGUAUGGACAUGUAGAGAAACUAGCAGAAGAGAUAAAGAAAGGGGCUGCAUCUAUUGAAGGAGUUGAAGCCAAACUAUGGCAGGUCCCUGAGACGCUACCGGAUGAGGUGCUUGGCAAAAUGAGUGCUCGUCCAAAGAGUGAUGUUCCAAUCAUUACUCCCAACGAACUUGCUGAGGCUGAUGGUUUUGUUUUUGGAUUUCCCACGAGAUUUGGUAUGAUGGCUGCUCAAUUCAAAGCAUUCCUUGAUGCAACUGGUGGUCUAUGGAGAACACAGCAGCUUGCAGGCAAGCCUGCUGGGAUCUUCUACAGCACGGGAUCCCAAGGUGGUGGACAGGAAACUACUGCGUUGACUGCCAUUACUCAGUUGGUUCAUCACGGUAUGAUCUUUGUGCCCAUUGGAUACACAUUUGGCGCUGGUAUGUUUGAAAUGGAGAAGGUGAAAGGUGGAAGUCCUUAUGGUGCGGGAACUUAUGCUGGCGAUGGCUCAAGACUUCCAUCUGAGCUUGAGCUGGAGCAGGCCUUCCACCAGGGGAAGUACAUUGCCACCAUCACUAAGAAACUCAAGGAAGCUGCAUGAUUCCUAUUCACUGCAAAGAUACUGUUUGCCAUUCUUAAAUUAUAUAUAUAUUUUUUAGAAUGGUUAUAUACUAUUCUUAUGUGCUUGCAAAGUGUCAUUCUUGCUUCGUUGGAUAUGUGAUUUGCACGUGUUAUUGUAAGUAACAGUGAUUUAUGUCAAUGAUA